AUGAUCAUCUUAAAUCAGGAUUGUGGCUUGAUUCAAGAUGGCCAAUCGAACUCGCCAAUUCUUGAUUUGAUUAGAGGUUAUAGAGAGUUAUUAGGCGAAAAAGGACAACCUCAAUCGGCUGAAGAUACUGUCGUAAAGCUAGUUGAUCGUGCUAUCAAUUCUACCUUAUUGGAAGAUAGGCGUGCUGCUAUUUUAGGCUUAAAAGGUCUCUCGAGAGAAUAUCGCCAGGAAGUUGGAGAAAAAAGUCUUGGAUCUCUUUUGCAUAUUUUAAACGAAGAUAGAGCAGAUAUUGACUCAGCAAAGGCUAUUUUAGAAAUAUUAAACAUUCUAUGUACACCAGACAGACAAGAGGAUCUCGUGGCCGUGAAAUUCACGGAUGAAAUUGUUAAGGAUUCUUCAAAUAUACAUUUAUUCUUGGAUAUUUUACAAGAAUAUGAUUUUUAUGUUCGUUUUCAUAAUAUACAAUUGUUGCGUGCUUUGCUUAUUGUAAGACCAGAUCAUGUACAGGACUGUAUUUUGACUGCUCCUAUGGGAAUUUCACGUUUGAUGGAUCUAUUAGAUGAUCAAAGGGAAAUCAUAAGAAAUGGCGAGUCAAUUUUUGCGGGAAAAUAUUUUGGUUUAUUAUUGUUAAUAUCACUUACUGAAAACAAUGCUGAUAUUCAGAAAAUUGUCGCAUUUGAGAAUGCAUUUGAAAGGCUUUUGGAAAUAAUUUCUGAAGAGGAUGGAUUGAAUGGCGGAAUUAUUGUUCAGGAUUGUCUGCAAUUGAUACAUAAUUUAUUACGAUAUAAUGUUUCAAAUCAGAAUUUUUUCCGAGAGACAAGUUGUAUACAAAGAAUUCCGGCAUUAUUAAGCUAUUCAGCAGAGUUCCAACAUCAAGGAUUUGAACUUGAAUUUCUAGUUCAAGAGUGGCAUGAACAGAAAAUUGUCAAUACCAUUGUAUUAUUAGAAUUAAUUAAGAUAUUAGUUGUUCCAAAUAAUAUGAAUACAGUAACUAAUCAGAAUGUGAUGGUUCAGUGUGGAGUUUUAAAACCGGUUAUUGAAUUGGCUUUAUCCUCAAACGCCCCAUCACCAGUAAAGUCACAUUCACUUUAUGCUUUGGCAGAUCUAAUAAGAGGAAAUCAAAACAGUCAAGAAUUUUUGGCAAGAAUAGUUGUAACAGUCCCUCAUCCAUCUUAUCGUAUUUCAGAUUCACAUGAUCAAUCUCAGGCGAGCGGAAAUAAUGCCCAAUCAUCACAGGAUCAAAUUCCUACAUUACCUCCACGCCCUGCUGUAAUGGCACUUAUUGCUGUUGCAGUUGGAGCGGAACAUCUAGAAAGCUAUUCAACUCGUGCAGCUGCUACUUAUACGUUUGAGUCAUAUACAUUUAACAAUAUUAACGCACAACUUGUAUUAGCAUCGACACUGACACCACCACCUGAUGACAACCCCAAUUCAGAAAUAUUUGCAGCAAAACCUCAAUCAGCUGGUUCCCUAUUGCUUUCGGCAUUAUUAGAAUGGGAAGAUUCAGAAGCAGAUCCAUAUGUUGUAUGGUUUGCCUCAGUAAUAUUCUCACAUAUUCUCAUGAAUAAUGAAAAGUCAAAAGAAAUAGCUCGAGCGAUAUUUAUUGGAGAUGGUAAUGAUAAUGCGGAGGAAAAUGUUUCUUUAUUGCAUUCAAUUGCUGGAAAUUUGAUGAUGGCGACAAGACAAAACGCGGACGUUAGAGUGUUGAUAGGAUACCUAUGUGUUCUCUGUGUUUGGUUAUGGGAUAGUCCAAUAAGUAUCAGAGAAUUUUUAUCAGAGGGUGUCCAUUUACAAAUGCUAAUUACGCCAAUAACUCAAUCUUCUGGAAUAGAUACAAUAGUUCAAGGAUUGUGUGCAUUUUUAUUAGGAAUAUGUUAUGAAUUUAAUCAUAAUUUAGAUCCACAUAUCACAAGAUCAACGCUUCAACCAAUUUUACUUAGUCGAAUUGGGUUUGACCAAUUUGUCAAUCGUAUCACAAGAUUAAGAGAAUCUACUCAUUUUAAACACGCUACACAGUAUUUACAGAUUUUACCAGAAACAGCGGUUAAAGGCUUACCAAACUUAUAUUUUGAUUAUGCCUUUGUAGAAUUUUUUAAAAAUAAUUAUGCGGAUCCAAAUGCAAAAUCAUCAUUAGGAUACAAAGGAUCAGAUCAUCAAGGUGAUAAUGAUUCAACUUCGAUGAUAAUAUCAUAUAAAGAUGUUAUUCAAACUCAAGAAAAGGAAAUAAAUCAAUUAAAAGAAUCAAUAAAACAAAUCGAAAAUCAAUUAGAAUUACAGAAAUUAUCCUCAGAAAAACAAAUUGAUUCAUUAAAUAGUAAUAUUGAAACGUUAAAACAAACAAUUGAAAAACAAACAAUGGAUUAUAUAAAAUUAGAAAAAGAACAAGAGGAUUUAUUAAUAUGUCUUGCAGAUCAAGAUGCAAAUAUUAAAAAAUAUCGAGAAAGAUUAAUUUCAUCAGGAUUAGAUGUUUCUGAUAUUGAAGAAGAAGAAGAAGAAGAUAAUGAUAAUGAUAAUAAUAAUGAAUAA